CAGUACUGAGUGGAUCAUGGUAUGAUGAUACUAUUUCCGGGUGUUGGUGAGGCUGCGGAUGUCUGUAUCUGGAAGUGGUCAGAAUCAGAAUGAAUUGGAGGCUGAAUUGUUGGUGUUGAAAAUAAUAGCUAUUUUUGGCCUUUUUCUUUUUCUGGAGCUUCUUCCGUCUGGAUAUAAAGAGAAACGGUUUGGGGACUACAGAUGAAAUUUCCUAUGUUUCGAUUUGUACCUGUUUCUUCUCAUCCUGGAUACUUCACUGGAUGCCACUGAGAAAAGUCUAGCUCCAUCUUUACUCCCUCCCAUCAGGGUUUCCAGACGGAGUAUAAUAUCAAUAUGGUAUUGGAAAAGUAAGGAUCAUGGAUUUUCCAGGACACUUCAAGCAAAUCUUUCAGCAGCUAAACUACCAGAGGCUUCAUGGCCAACUCUGUGACUGUGCCAUUGUGGUGGGAAACAGACAUUUCAAAGCCCAUCGCUCUGUUCUGUCAGCAUGUAGCACGCAUUUCCGAGCAAUCUUUACUGUAGCAGAGGGUGAUCAAACUAUGAACAUGAUUCAACUGGACACUGAAGUGGUGACAGCAGAAGCCUUUUCUGCCCUGAUUGAUAUGAUGUACACUUCUACACUAAUGCUUGGAGAGAGCAAUGUAAUGGAUAUCUUGCUUGCUGCUUCUCACCUGCAUUUGAACUCUGUUGUUAAAGCGUGUAAACACUACCUUACUACCAGGAUGCUACCAAUGUCUUCACUUAGUGAUAGAGUUCAGGAGCAAAAUGCACGCAUCCAAAGAUCUUUUAUGUUUCAACAGCUCGGGCUCAACAUUGUGAGCUCUGCACUAAAUUCCACUCAAAGCACAGAGGAGCAAUCAAAUACCAUGAGCUCAUCAAUGAGAAGUAACGUAGAGCAAUGUACUCUCCACAAGUGUAAACAGUCUUCUGAUGAUCGGGCCAGACAGCGAAUCAGACCUACGGUAGAUGAGUCCAUUUCAGAUGUUACUCCAGAGAGCAGGCAGUCAGUAGUUCAUUCACGAGAAGAUUUUCUUUCACCAGAUUCACUGAAGAUUGUGGAAAAUUCUAAGGCCGAUGCUGUCACUGAUAAGCAAGAGGAUAAUACUAUUAUGUUUGAUCAGUCUUCUGGUGCUCAAGAAGAUGCUCAAGUACCCAGCCAGUCAGACAACAGUAGAGGAGACAUUUCACAGAUAUCUAUCUCAUCUCAGGUAAUAGAAGUGGAAACCUGUUUUGAUCGGGAAGCUACUUCUGAGAAAAACAACUUCCCAUGCAAAAAUCCAGAUGUUGGUCUAACUGAAAAAGAACACAUGGGGGUGGUGGUUAAAUCUGAACCUUUGAGUUCCCCAGAGCCUCAAGAUGAAGUGAGUGAUGUCACUUCUCAAGCAGAAGGCAGUGAGUCUGUUGAAGUGGAAGGAGGAGUGGUGACUGCAGAGAAGUUAGAACUGAGUCCUGAAAGCAGCGAUCGUAGCUUUUUUGAUCCACAGUCUAGUACUGAUAGGGUUGGAGACAUCCAUAUUAUGGAAGUGUCAAAUAACCUGGAACAUAAUUCCACUUUCAGUAUCUCAAAUUUUCUGAAUAAAAGCAGAGGUGGCAACUUGGGUGCAAGUCAAAAUACCAAUGACAACAUUCCAAAUACAAUAAGUGACUGCAGAAUGGAUAGUGAUGCCUCUUACCUAUUGAGUCCAGAGUCCAGGACUGCUAAUGGUCAUUUCUCUGCUAUGGUUUCUCAUGCAAAGAAUCCAUUCAGUGAGCCUUCAGACUCUCAUUUUGUUAGACCAAUGCAGGAUAUGAUGGGUCUUCCAUGUGUACAGACUUCUGGGUACCGGGCUGCAGAACAAUUUGGUCUUGAUUUCCCAAAGUCAGGCUUGGGCUUGCACUCUUUGUCAAGGACAAUGAUGGGUUCCAUAAGAAGUGGAGCUAGUGUUUUUCCUGGCUAUCGUCGCAUAGCCCCCAAAAUGCCUGUUGUGACCUCUGUUGGGAGUUCCCAACUACAAGAUAACCCUUCCAGUUCCCAGCUGUUAAUCAAUGGAACCACUUCUUUUGAGAAUGGACUUCCUUCACAACCUGGUCCACCACAGUUGACAAGGGCAUCUGCCGAUGUUCUUUCAAAAUGUAAGAAAGCCUUAUCUGAACACAAUGUGUUGGUUGUAGAAGGUGCUCGUAAAUAUGCCUGUAAGAUCUGCUGCAAGACUUUUUUGACUCUAACAGACUGCAAGAAGCACAUUCGUGUGCAUACAGGAGAAAAGCCUUAUGCCUGUUUGAAGUGUGGCAAACGGUUCAGCCAGUCCAGCCACCUAUAUAAACAUUCCAAAACAACCUGUCUGAGGUGGCAGAGCAGCAAUCUACCUAGCACUUUGCUUUAAUCUCCUCCACUCCAUAGCUUUAUGGGAAUGCUAGUACAAAAUUAUAAGACUGGAGUAUUUCAGGAAUAUUAAUGCUAUUUUGUUCAAGGCUGAAGUCUGAGAAGCUGUCCUUAUAGAUUAGUGAAUUCUUGUGUGUGAAAUUGUUACAAACACAGAAGUCUUGAUUUUGUAAAUUGGCGAUAAUGCCAUAUUUACUUCACUUGCGGUGGUUUCACACUGAAGGACAUCUAAACACCACAAUCGCUCUCUCACUCCCCCUCCUCAAAGGGGGGGGGGGGGAGGAGGAAAGUAUGAUGGGAAAGAAAAAGGCUCACGGGUUGAGAUAAGGAUAAUUUAAUUAAAGGGAAAAGAAAGAGAAAAAAAUAAGCAAAGACUGUCCAGAGGAAAAGAAAGAGAAAAAGCAAUUAUUCUCUACUUCCCAUCAACAACCGAUGUUUGGCCAUAUACUGGAAAGCAGGGCCUCAGCAUGUGCAGCGGUUGAUCGGGAGGACAGACAUUUUCAUAACGAGAGCCCCCCCCAAGUGCACCUGUCUGUCACAAAAUGCUUUAGAAUAUGUUAAUUAUGAAAAUAGUUUUAGAGUUCCAAAUACAAUUAUGGCUCUUUUGCAGUAAAGGACAAUAUGUAAUGAAGAUACUUAAAAUAAGUCAAUGACAAGUAACUUCUGGACUGUUAGAUGUGUAUAUAAAUACUUUGAAUAAUGCAAGACCUUGUUUUUUUACCAUUUUUCUGUAAAAACUUCUAUUGAGUAAUAAGUGAUGUACUACAGACCUCAGUCCUGGGAAAAGUUAUGGAGAAGAUUGUCCUGGGAGAUACUGAAAGGCAGUUAAAGAACAAAGCUAUUAUCAGGCAUAUUCAACAUGGGUUCAUCGAGGGAAAGGCCUGCCUUAGUAAUUUGAUUACCUUCUAUGAUAAGGUCAACUGCUUGGUAGAUGAAGGGAAGGUAGCAGACAUAAUCUCUGAAUUUUAGUAAGGCCUUUGAUGCUGUCCUCACAGCAUCCUACUGUACAAAUUAUCUAACUGUGAGAUAAACAGGUUCAUGCUACGCUGGGUGAUGAACUGGGCUCAACAGUCACUAGCUGUGUUCUCCAGGGCUCAAUUCUUGGGCCAGUCUUGUUGAACAUUUUUAUCAGUGAUCUGGAUAAAGGAGUGGAAUGCAUCCUCAGCAUGUUUGCCAAUGAUAGUAAACUGGAAGGUGCUUCUGACUCCCUAGAGGGACAAGAGUUAUUGCAAAAAGAUCUAGAUUGAUUGGAGCACUGGACAAUCAUCAACAGCAAGUUCAACAAAGGAAAAUGCUAGGUUCUGCACCUGGGACAAAAUAAUGCUGGACACAUGUACAGACCGGGAGACAAGUGGCUAGAGAGCAGCUCAGCAGAAAGGGAUCUGGGGGUGGUGGUUGACAGCAGGUUCAAUAUGAAUCAGCAGUGUUCCCUGGCAGCCAAGAGAGCAAAACACAUUUGGAGGUGCAUUAAGCACAGCAUAGCCUUCCAGUCAAAAGAGGUGAUUCGCCCGCUAUAUUCAGCAUGGGUGCAGCCUCACCUUGAAUAUCAUGUACAGUUCUGGACUCCACAAUAUAAAAAGGAUGUUAAGGUCCUUGAAAGUGUCCAGAGGAGGGCAACAAAGCUCGUAAAAGGGCUGGAAGGCAUGUCCUAUGAGGAGAGGAGAGGCUGAGGACACUUGGGUUGUCUAGUCUGGAGAAGAGGAGGCUAAGAGUCAACCUCAUUGCUUUCUACCACUUCCUGAGGAGGAGAAGUGGAGAGGGAGGUGCCAGUCUCUUCUUCGUGGUAACCAAUGGUAGAACGUGCAGGAACAGCAGAAAGCUGCACCAGGGGAGGUUCAGGCAUGAGGAAAAAUUUCUUUACUGUGAGGGUGGUCAAACACUGGAAGAGGCUUCCUAGAGAGGUGGUUGAUGUUCCAUGCCUGCGAUUGUUCAAGAGGCAUUUGGAUAAUGCCCUCAGUAAUAUACUUUAACUUUUGGUUACCCCUAAAGUGGACAGGCAUUUGGACUAGAUGAUCUUUGAAGGUCCCGUCCAAGUGAACUAUUCAAUUCUAUAUUUUUAAUGCUUUUUCUUUAAAAAGCUUGAUUUGCUUAGAUUAAAAUUUCACAAUUCUUUGUUUCCCUUUCAGCAGAUGCUGACAUGCACCAAAAAGAGAUCAGGAAGCUGCAGUUUUUAGUCAGUCUUAGCUGUUACUAAUGUUGUCAGCUCUUACAGGGCAAGGACUCAGGUCUCAGCAAGCAGGUGAAAGGGGAAAAUGUUUUAUAAAUACCCAUAAUUGAAACAUUUGCAAUUUAUGCUUGUGUAGUAUUAGCACGUUAUGUUUAAAUCGAACCAUUUUUCAUUUUCAGAGUAAACAUUCUGUUCGUUUGAAGGAUCGAUCUGUUACAAGCAAAACUUCCUCUGAUUGCAUACUUCAGUACAAUUUUGCUCUCAGAUGAGCAAUUUAUCUUUUCUCAACAGAGCACAGAGGAAAUAUAAGAAACUUGUUCCAAGGAACUUGUGACUUUCUGUAGCACAAAAGGACCCCCAAAUCAUAUUUUAUGCAUAAUAUGUAUAAACCUUGAUUAUGUUGGUCCAUUGGACUCUGAGGUGGGCCCAUUCUAGAGUGACGAAUGGCUUCUUUUUCAUACAAGCCAUCAGUAAACUGUAAAUAAAUAAAUAAAUAAAUAAAUAAAUCUAAAAACCAAAAAUCUAAGGGACGUAAAAUAAAAAUUUACACUUGUAUAUGAAGAAUAUAAACUUUUCAUGCUACCUAUUAUAAGUAAAUGCAAUGGGACUCUCUAUCCCUGGAAUCAGAUUUUUGGAAAGCAGAGCACAACAGGAGAAUGUUUAUCCCCCUUCCUGCUGAUGACUUUUCUUUUUCUGCUUCCUUAUGAGCUGUUUGGACAAUGUUAAGUACUACAAACAAGGAAAAUUGUCCAAACAGAAACAAAUGAACCGUACUGACUUCAUAUAACAAAGCAGUGCAAUGCAGACCAACUUAGAACAGGCCAAAUUAUUGACUCAACCUUUUCCCUUGUAGUCACACUAUACUGGCAUGUCCCAAUACUGUUUAACUUUUUCCCUGGUUUUGGCUGGGAUAGAGCUAAUUUUCUUCCUAGUAACUGUUUUGUGUUUUGGAUUUAGGGUGAAAAUAGUGUUGAUAACACAUCGAUGUUUUAGUUGUUGCUGAGCAGUGCUUACACUCAGUCAAGCACUUUUCUUCUUCUCACGCUGCCCUGCCAGCAAGGAAGCUGGGGGUGCACAAGAAGCUGGGAAGGGACGCAGCCAGGACAGCUGACCAAAUGGACCAAAGGGAUAUCCCCUACCAUAUGAUGUGGUGUUCAACAAUAAAAGCUGGGGGGAAAGAAGGAGAAGGAGGAAAAAAUCAGAGUAAUGGCAUUAAUAUUCCUAAAAAACUUUUACAUGUGAUGAGCCCUGCUUUCCUGGAAUUGGCUGAACAUCUGCCUACCAAUGGGAAGCAGUGAAUGAAUUCCUUAUUUUGCUUUGCUUGUGUGCGCAGCCUUGGUUUUACCUAGGAAACUGUCUAUUGUCAGCUUUAUUGAGAGCUUUUUUGAGCUCUCUAUCCCCAUGUCUAAGAAAUCAAGCAGGGAAGGCAGGAAACUGGGAUGGCUGAGCAAGGAGCUGCUGGUCAAACUGAGGCAUGAGAAGGAAAUGCACAGGCAGUGGAAGCAGGGACAUGUGGCCUGGGAAGAAUAUGGGGAUAUAUAAGGUAGUUGUGUAGUCAUAACAAGGAGAAAUGCUAAGUAGAUAAGUGGACAGUAGAAGGCCUCACUGUUCCAAAAUAGGGUGGAAGCUUGAGAAAAACAGGAUGAGCAGUGUGGGAACAGUAAAACAAAGAUCACAAUUUCUUAAAAUAUAAGAAAAUGGAAAAAAAAAAAAAGGGAAAAAGGAGAAAUUAAAGGGUUGAAAAAAAAAAGAAAAACUGUACAUAUAUGGUAUAGAGGAGCGUCAAGUAGCUUGUGAGCCUGUAGUACUCAGCCAAUAAAAGGUUAUGAUUUGUUUACUAAAAUGCACUCCUAAUUGACAGGAUGCUCGUCAUUGCAAUCGCGAAUAAAAUAGCUUCACAGAAGAUCCUGUCUGAAGAAAAUUAUUUGAGAUUUUUCCUCACAGGACAGCGAAGCCAAUAGUCUGGAAUUAGUGGGUAGGGAAACCAGGCAGCUGGGAUCCCUUGCUAGAGAUGCAGGCAUUGACAAAGCAAUUGGAAAUGGAGCACACAUCUUCACCCUCUGGAGGCAUGUUCUGUCAGGUGUGAAGGAAAGGUAUCCCUUCAAGGAAGAUGUUGUAUGUCAACCAGGCAAGUGGACCACCAUGGAGAGGGGAAUACAGUACCUGAGAGAAUUAGCUGUGCUGGAGGUGAUUUAUGAUGACCUAGACAAGGAACUGCUAUCCACAGAUCCAAAUGAAGUCAAGUGUACACGACCCAUGUGGUGGAAGUUUGUACAGAGUGCACCAUCAUCAUAUGUUAGCUCACUGGAGUGAGAAACAAAGUUGUGUUUUUGCUGUGGAAAAUUCCAUUAACCUUGCAUAUUCAAAAGUGAUUGUGCAGGCAUGACAGUGGCAUAGCAGUGGGGAGUACGUUAAGCAGAUAAGGGGAAGGUCCCACUGUCUCAAAAUAAGGAGGAUAGCUAAGGAAAGCAGGAUGAGCAGUGCAAAAUCGGUAAAAACAAAAAAUCACAGGCCCUCUAGUCACGAGAGAAGAAGGAAAGGAAGGAAAAGGAGAAAUUAAUGGUUAGUCAAAUCAAAUUAUACAUAUAUAGUAUAGCAAUAAGCAUUGAGUAAUUUGUGAACCUGUAGUACUCAGCCAAUGAGGAAAUGGGAGGAAUCAACCAUCGGGUAAUAGGGAAUAUAAGGUUAUGAUAUACUUUUGCUGUGCACUCCUGCUUGCAGGACAGCUGCCAUUGCAAUCGCAAAUAAAAAUGCUACUUCACUGAGA